CCGCCCCGCCGGCUGCUCCGGCCGCCGCCCGCUUUCCGUUCCGAGAGCCGCAAUUGGCCGGCCGAGGGGAGCCGGGGCGCGGGCGUCUGCGCUGCCGCCACCGCCGAGGAGCCGGCGCCGAGCCCGCGAUGGAAUAAUGCCCAGCGGCCCGCCCGGUCCCGGUAAUUUUCUGAUGUGACGGCUGAGACAUGAGAUCUUCAGCCUCCAGGCUCUCCAGUUUUUCAUCAAGAGAUUCACUAUGGAAUCGGAUGCCGGACCAGAUCUCCGUCUCCGAGUUUAUCGCCGAGACCACCGAGGACUACAACUCGCCCACCACGUCCAGCUUCACCACGCGGCUGCACAACUGCAGGAACACCGUGACGCUGCUGGAAGAGGCUCUAGACCAAGAUAGAACGGCCUUACAGAAAGUUAAGAAGUCUGUAAAAGCAAUAUAUAAUUCCGGUCAAGAUCAUGUACAAAAUGAAGAAAACUAUGCACAAGUUCUUGAUAAGUUUGGGAGUAAUUUUUUAAGUCGAGACAACCCAGAUCUUGGCACCGCGUUUGUCAAGUUUUCUACUCUUACAAAGGAACUGUCCACACUGCUGAAAAAUCUGCUCCAGGGCCUGAGCCACAAUGUGAUCUUCACCUUGGAUUCCUUGUUGAAAGGAGACCUAAAAGGAGUCAAAGGAGAUCUCAAGAAGCCAUUUGACAAAGCUUGGAAAGAUUAUGAGACAAAGUUUACAAAAAUUGAGAAGGAGAAAAGGGAGCACGCCAAACAGCACGGGAUGAUCCGCACGGAGAUCACCGGAGCUGAGAUCGCGGAAGAAAUGGAGAAGGAGAGGCGCCUCUUUCAGCUCCAAAUGUGCGAAUAUCUCAUUAAAGUUAAUGAAAUCAAGACCAAAAAGGGUGUGGAUCUGCUGCAGAAUCUGAUAAAGUAUUAUCACGCACAGUGCAAUUUCUUUCAAGAUGGCUUGAAGACAGCUGAUAAAUUGAAACAGUACAUUGAAAAACUGGCUGCUGAUUUAUAUAAUAUAAAACAGACCCAGGAUGAAGAAAAGAAACAGCUGACUGCACUCCGAGACUUAAUAAAAUCCUCCCUUCAACUUGAUCAGAAAGAAGAUUCCCAGAGCCGGCAAGGAGGAUACAGCAUGCACCAGCUCCAGGGCAACAAGGAGUAUGGCAGUGAGAAGAAGGGGUACCUCCUGAAGAAAAGUGAUGGGAUCCGGAAGGUGUGGCAGAGAAGGAAGUGCUCCGUCAAGAAUGGGAUUCUGACCAUCUCCCACGCCACAUCUAACAGGCAACCCGCCAAGCUGAACCUUCUCACCUGUCAGGUGAAACCAAAUGCCGAGGACAAGAAGUCUUUUGACCUGAUAUCACAUAAUAGGACGUAUCACUUUCAGGCAGAAGAUGAGCAGGAUUAUGUAGCGUGGAUAUCAGUGCUGACGAACAGCAAAGAAGAGGCCCUCACCAUGGCCUUCCGUGGAGAGCAGAGCACGGGGGAGAACAGCCUGGAGGACCUGACGAAAGCCAUCAUUGAGGACGUCCAGCGGCUCCCAGGCAAUGAUGUCUGCUGUGACUGUGGCUCGUCAGAACCCACCUGGCUUUCAACCAACUUGGGGAUUUUGACCUGUAUAGAAUGUUCCGGCAUCCAUAGGGAAAUGGGGGUUCAUAUUUCUCGCAUUCAGUCUUUGGAACUAGACAAAUUAGGAACUUCUGAACUCUUGCUGGCCAAGAAUGUAGGAAACAAUAGUUUUAAUGAUAUUAUGGAAGCAAAUUUACCCAGCCCCUCACCAAAACCCACCCCUUCAAGUGAUAUGACUGUACGGAAGGAAUAUAUCACUGCAAAGUAUGUAGAUCAUAGAUUUUCACGGAAGACCUGUUCAUCUUCAUCAGCUAAACUGAACGAAUUGCUUGAGGCCAUCAAAUCCAGGGAUUUACUUGCACUAAUUCAAGUCUAUGCAGAGGGGGUAGAGCUAAUGGAACCGCUGCUGGAACCCGGACAGGAGCUCGGGGAGACAGCCCUUCAUCUUGCAGUCCGAACUGCAGACCAGACAUCUCUCCAUUUGGUUGACUUCCUUGUACAAAACUGUGGGAACCUGGAUAAGCAGACGGCCCUGGGGAACACGGCUCUGCACUACUGUAGCCUGUAUGGUAAACCUGAGUGCCUGAAGCUGCUUCUCAGGAGCAAGCCCACCGUGGAUGUCGUUAACCAGGCUGGAGAGACUGCCCUGGACAUAGCGAAGAGACUGAAGGCCACCCAGUGUGAAGAUCUGCUUUCCCAGGCUAAAUCUGGAAAGUUCAAUCCACAUGUCCACGUAGAAUAUGAGUGGAAUCUUCGACAGGAGGAGAUGGAUGAAAGCGAUGAUGAUCUGGAUGACAAACCGAGCCCCAUCAAGAAAGAGCGCUCACCCAGACCUCAGAGCUUCUGCCACUCCUCCAGCAUCUCCCCCCAGGACAAGCUGUCACUGCCGGGCUUCAGCACUCCGCGGGACAAACAGCGGCUCUCCUACGGCGCCUUCACCAACCAGAUCUUUGUCUCCACAAGCACAGACUCGCCCACAUCGCCGACUGCGGAGGCGCCCCCGCUGCCUCCUAGAAACGCCGGGAAAGGUCCAGCUGGCCCACCAUCAGCGCUCCCUCUAAGCGCCCAGACCUCUAGUGGCAGCUCCACCCUGUCCAAGAAGCGGCCUCCUCCCCCACCGCCCGGACACAAGAGAACCCUAUCCGACCCUCCCAGCCCACUACCUCACGGGCCCCCAAACAAAGGCGCAGUUCCUUGGGGUAACGACGUGGGUCCGUCAUCAUCCAGCAAGACCGCUAACAAGUUCGAGGGCCUGUCCCAGCAGUCGAGCACCAGUUCUGCAAAGACUGCCCUUGGCCCAAGAGUUCUUCCUAAACUACCUCAGAAAGUGGCACUAAGGAAAACAGAGACCAGCCAUCAUCUCUCCCUCGACAAAGCCAACAUCCCGCCCGAACUCUUCCAGAAGUCAUCGCAGUUAGCAGAGUUACCGCAGAAGCCGCCACCCGGAGACCUGCCCCCGAAGCCCACGGAACUGGCUCCCAAACCCCCAAUCGGAGACUUGCCACCUAAGCCGGGAGACCUGCCGCCCAAGCCGCAGCUCGCAGACUUGCCUCCCAAGCCGCAGGUGAAGGACCUGCCGCCCAAGCCGCAGCUGGGAGACCUGCUGGCGAAACCCCAGGCGGCAGACGCCUCUCCCAAGGCCCAACCGCCCCCAGAGCUCGUCCCCAAGUCACACCCGGCCGAUCUCUCCCCAAAUAUCCCGAAGCAGGCGUCCGAGGACUCCAACGACCUCACGCCCACCCUGCCGGAGACGCCCGUGCCGCUGCCCAGGAAGAUCAACACGGGGAAAAGUAAGGUGAGGCGAGUGAAGACCAUCUAUGACUGCCAGGCAGACAAUGACGACGAGCUGACCUUCCUGGAGGGCGAGGUGAUCGUGGUCACCGGGGAGGAGGACCAGGAGUGGUGGAUCGGGCACAUCGAAGGGCAGCCCGAGAGGAAGGGGGUCUUUCCGGUGUCCUUUGUCCACAUCCUGUCUGACUAGCAAAAAGCAGAACCUUCAGACUGUCUGCACCUGUCAUGCAAGACUGCUGCGUCCACGUGGCCCUGUGCUCACCGUGUAUAUAGCUGCUGUCACUGAGCGGGAGGCUCCCGGAGGGGCCGCCGCGGGAGGGGAACAUAGCGUGUGUUGUAAAUACCCUGUGGUCUCUGCCUUCACCAGUAUUAGGGUAGCCUUGGGACCCGGUGCGCCUUACUGGUUUGCCAAAGCCGUCCUUGACAUCUAGCACUUACAUCUCUCUCUAUGCUGUUUUCCAAGCCAACAAACAAAAACAGGAAUAUAGGAACUGCUGGCUUUGCAAAUAGAAGUGGUCUCCAGCAACCGUUGAAGGGCAUAGAGUUGCCUCUCUGUUCCUGACAAUACAGUAUUCUCCAUUGUGUUACUGAAAAUGCACCAUUAGCAAAGAGGUGGGUUCUGUUUUCCAGGUGAAACUUUCGGCUCCAUGACAGACCAGCCUGUAGUUAUCUGUGUACACAGUUUACAGCUACAAAAACCGACCUUGGUAUUUAUUACAGAAAAGUGCUCAGUUAAAUGUAAGUGUUAUUCCUUCAGCAAAAUAUUCACUGACCCAUAACCUUGGGUGGCAUUUUGCAGUGCCCAAAGCCUCGUGCAAGUUUAGACAAGUGGGUUUACACUGUCUUAAGAGGAUGAGUACCCGCCCCUGAGAUAUUACCUCAUUAUGCAAAAAUAACAUAUCCUUCAUGACUAUUUUCACAGAAGUUUAAGACAUCUGAUGAAGUUCAACUUUCAGAAACCAAGGACUGCCAGAAAAUAUUAGCCUCUACAUUAUGCAUGCAUUUAGAAGCUUACCUGAAAUCUGCCUUUUAUAAAGGAAUAGUAUGGAUAAGUUGAACUGUACAUUUUUUAAACUUGAUUGCCAUUAAAGGAGAGAUUAUAAGGUUGCAACAAUUUUUGUUUCCAGUCAGUCAUUUGGCUUUCUCAAGAGUAUGCAUUUACAUAUCACUUUAUGAAUUAGCAUCCUUCAAAUGUGUUAAUGCCCCCAAUGUGUCCAUUUUAAAGUCUUUUCUGAGUUUUGUUCUUGAUAAAUUUAAACUUUCAAAAGAUUAUUCAAGAAGAUGACGAAUUCAAAAGUCAGUUCUGCACAUCAUUUAUCCCCCCUGCAGAAUCCAGGUGCUGAAACCAUCCUUCUCUUUUUCCAUUUUCUUUACUAAGCCCCAGUCAUAGAUAAGUUUUCCAAUCUCCAGCUCCGUUCAGUAGACACGUUACCUUCGAGUCAAUUCAUGACCACGUUCUUGAACGCUGCUGUGAAUUGCACUGUGAAACACGCUCUUUCUGCCGGGACUCUCUGCCCCUCUCGGUUUUCUUCUCAUCCCAGCUGUGUUCAUCAGACCAUUAAGAAUAUCGUGAGUUUUUCAGUCUUUUACGUCAGUCUGAAUUUUGGGAAAGGAUACAGUCAUUUCACUCCACAGUCAGUGGGGCUGCUCUCUGAUUCCGAGGCUCGUGUGUCGUUCUGGCGUUAAGUUCGCUUAAACUGCUGUGUUGGCAACAGCACAGAAAACUAAUAUUUUUAAGCAGAUAAUCUUGGCGAUGAGUAAGAAAUGUUCAUUUCACAGAAGCACAACUCCCAACCAAACCCUUAGGGGAAGCCUUCUUUAAUAGAGUCUAGAGUCAGUGCUCAGUGAAUAUUAAUUUAGUUCUGCUUAAGUGAUUACUAUGAAAACUUUGAAUAGCCACCUAAUCAAUAAACCUUGCAUGACAAACCUGCAACACAUCAGCUGUUAUUGGAAAGUGAUUUUAAGCAAUUGCUUCCUCAUCGUCAUGCCACACGUGAACCCCACACAGAACAAGACACCGGGAGCCGGCCGACGUGCUGGUGUACCUGGUUGACAGUGUUCACAGCCUGUGUUUAAGCCACAUGGGUGUCAGGCCAGGAAGUCACUGUCUGAAGUUAUUUAGUGUCCCAGUUCAUUCAUUUAUACUUCUUAAGUUGUAUUGAAGCACCAUUCAUUUUUGUGGCCUACAGUAUUUUCAACUGAUCUCAAAAUAAACUGGCUUUUUAAAAAAACACAAAAGGUAGAUGUCUAAAAUUACAUGGAGUCAAUGUCUAUUUUUUUCCCCUUUUGGAGUGACUUUUACACAAGUUCCUUUUUUUUUUAACACUUCCGGUUUUGUUUUGUUUCUUUUCUUCUGGUUUUGUUUUUGUUUUCCAUCAGGAAUUUGAGUUCUCUCUAACCCAGCUUACUGUGGGACAUAGGAAAACUAGGUAUAAGUACCUUUGGCGACCUUGGUUGAGUUUGAAUCUGGUAUUGUUCUUAAACUCAGUGAGCCACUAUCUGCAAUUUUGUACAUGAUAUAGAGUAUUUUGAAGGUAUGGAACCUAUGGAAAAAAUAGCUAAUUAGUUCUUUCUCCCCCCCCAGAGGGGAAAGUUAUGUUCUGCAAAUAGUGUGUGUCUUAUUUUACUGUUGAACAGCAAUUGCUAUUUAUUUUUUUAUUGCCUAGAACUUGCAACAUGUUGUAUAGGAAUCCCAUAGCGCCACGAGUUAAAUUCCGAAUUCCCAUCUGGGUGUUACGCUCAAACAUCAGUACACUCGUCAUUUCACAUGUAUUUAAUGUGACAGUUUUCAAGUACUGUAUGUGUUAAUUUCUACUUUUUUUAAUAUUUAAAAUUGCUUUUAAAUAAACAUAUUCUCAGUUGA